CUUGAUCAGUCACCGCAUUGCCAACAACCAACAAAAAAAACAAUGGCGGCAACUUUCGCGAAAACCCAUGUUGAAUCCCAUGCUCCAGAGCCCAUCAAUAUUCACAAAAACAUCUUGAAAACGUUUAAUUCAGAAAGUAACAGCAGCCCAUAUUGGUACUCUGCAGAGACAGGAAUAUACAGAAGUUUACACCCUUCUGUAGAACUCCCGUCCCACCCAUUUCUCGACGUCGUUUCCUUCAUUUUCUCACACAACCAUGGCGGUGUUUCUGCUCUGGUGGAUUCCAAAUCUGGGUUCUCAAUUUCCUACCGGGAGCUGCUCUCUCUGGUCAACUCCAUGGCCGCCGGUCUCCACGGAAUGGGCGUUUCCCAAGGGGACGUGGCCCUGAUUUUGCUGCCCAAUUCUGUUUAUUUCCCUGUCAUUUUCUUGGGUCUUUUAAGCGUCGGCGCAGUAGCGGCCACCAUGAAUCCUCUCAGCACUUUGGCAGAGAUAAAAAAGCAUUUGUUAGCUUUUGAUCACUAUAAUAUACGCCUGGCGUUUGCCACUCCUGAUCGAGUUCAAAAUCUAGGUUCUGCAUUGGGUAUUCCGGUUAUCGGGUUGCCGGAAAUUUCAAAUCUUGAUUCUACGGGCAACAAUUCCGGUUCUGAUUUUCUCAAGCUGAUCUCUUGUGACCCAAAAUUGGCUCCAAACCCAAGAAUCCGGCAGCAAGACACGGCGGCCAUACUGUUCUCCUCUGGCACGACGGGGGGCUGCAAGGCCGUGGUGCUCACUCACGCCAACUUCAUAGCUAUGGUGGAGCUUUUCGUGAGGUUUGAGGCUUCGCAGUACGAGUAUGCGGCGACGGGGAACGUGUACUUGGAUGUUGUGCCGAUGUUUCACGUGUACGGGCUGUCGCUUUUCGUGAUGGGGUUGUUGUCGUUGGGUUCGACGGUUGUGGUGAUGAGGAAAUAUGAUAUUGAGGAUGUGGUGAGAGCCAUAGAUAGAUAUGGAGUCACCCAUUUUCCCAUGGCGCCGCCAUUGUUGGUUGCUUUGACAAGAAGAGGAAAGGCUACUGUGGGUGCAGCUAAUUGCAGUCUGAAGAGUCUGAAACAGGUUUCUUGUGGAGCAGCUCCGGUCAGCAUUGCUUCCAUUCAAGACUUUGUUCACACAUUCCCCCACAUUGAUUUCAUUCAGGUAAAAGAAAAUAAAGUUGUAAGAUAUCUUGGCGGAAUUACAAUUUUUUGA